AUGACAAAACUCGCCUCCAUCAUCGCCCUCGUGGCAGCUUCAGCGGGCCUGGUCUUUAGUAACCCCGUUCCCGACGGCCACAAGUCCAUCGUCAUCGGCGUUCCAAUAAUCAACACAACCAACACAACCGAGGUCAGCAGCACGAGCAUCCGGCCCCGGGACGACCCAAAUUUCCUCGACUACGUCAAAUGCUAUAACCUGCCCGAGGGAAACUGCCACCUUGUGCUGGUCCUGGCGCAGAACGGACAGGAUGACAUGGGCGGUCUUGUCAUCAACAAUAUGUGCGACCAGGUCAUCUCCAUCGCCCACUCGAUUCACUGGGGCACCAGGACAACAUUUGCUCGCAGUUCCCUCCCGGCCCCUCUUAUAGUUGAGCCGCACAGGAACCAGACGUCUCUUUUCUGGUAUAACGGGUACCUCUGGCAUGAAACCAAGAAUAGCAAGUAA